CCCUUCCCCUGCCGCCUUGCAGGAGCAGGGGCUGUGCAGUUGGCUCGUCCCGCCCCUGCCUGUGAGUGACAGGACCGUGGACAGCAUCAUUUCGAGCCGGACCUGAAGUUUGUGGGCCCCUGCCUUGGCUGAGCUGAGUAAGAAAAACCAAGAAUAUUAUAUUGGUACCUGGCACUGAAUUUGCCAAGAAUGCAAGCACAGCUUCCUCAGUAAAAGAUCUUGCCUCUGGAAACAUCUUAACCCUUGGCAGCUCUCCAGAAUUCAGACUUGGCAGCAUCAAGGACACAACACAAGGAAACAAACUCAUGUGCUCAGAUUUAAGUUUGGUAGGAGGACUUUAAGAGAGAUCUUCAUAUUGGAAUGGCUGCUGAGUCAAAUGGGAGAUAUGGUCAACUUGGGGCAGAGAGGUUGCUGAAAAAUUGCUGUAAAAAUUGCUUUGGAAAGCAGGCAUUUUGGAGAUCAAAGAUGGGUAGAAAAGAUGCUUCCACUAUAAAACUUCCUGUUGAUCAGUACAGAAAGCAAAUUGGUAAACAGGAUUAUAAAAAAACCAAACCCAUUUUACGAGCAACAAAAUUAAAAGCAGAAGCAAAGAAAACAGCAAUAGGCAUAAAGGAAGUUGGCCUUGUACUUGCGGCUAUUUUGACCCUCCUAGUGGCUUUCUAUGCUUUCUUUUAUCUCAGACUCUCCACAGAUGUUGACCCUGAUCUGGAACCAGAUGAAGAUUAACUGAGGAGCAAUCAAUGCAUGAAACAGAAAUAAUUUUAUAAAAGCAUCCACUGGGACCAGUGCUCUCUGAAAUAUUGAAACUGUAACAUCUUGAAUUCUUUCUGCUGUUAUUUUCAAUUUGCAGAAAUAUCUUUUUAAAUAGUUUCAUAGGUUAUCAAGAAAAACUUCCCUAGCAAUGUAAUGCAAUGUAUGUUACUGGAUACUUUUAUAAAUCUUUCUACUAUGACAGGCAACCUAUUCAUGGUGCAUUUAGAUAAAAUGGAAAACAGAUCCUAAAUUCUUUGGAUGUCUUAGCCAAUUUAUGUGUAUAACUCCAUCACUUACAGAUUACUAAAUUUAUUUUUGUUCCAUAAUCAUCAUAAGUAAAACUAUAUAUCCUCAUUUACAGAAACACACUCAAACCACAUUCAGAACCUCAGAAGGAGUGAAAAGUCAAGGGAAAAUUUUCAUGUUACAAAGAAGUGUUGCUUUCUUUCCAGACGUAUUUUAUAUCAUUAGAGACACUAUCUGCACAUACAUCUACAGUAAUCUUUUUCCUUCUUUGCCAACUGUUCGGUGCACAUGUGCUCCAUCAGAAAUGGCACCUGGAUGACAGAAGCUCAAAGAGUCACAUAUGUCUCUAAACUAGAGCUCCUUUCCUCUUGGGCUGCCUGAACUGGUGUGAAUAGAAAGUUCAGUUGAUCCUGAUUUUAAUUAACUUAUUACCCUAUUAAUAUAAACUUGGAAUUCUAUUUUAAUUAUGUUGUUCUGGCUGCUUGCGGUAUCAGUUUGCCCCUCUUGUUAGGGAGAUGUGUAACAAUCUGUCAUUAAAUGGUGCAGUCUUUUUCACACAACAGUAAUAGCAGAAGUCCUACCUACUCAAAAUCAUUUUCUUGGGUUGUCUCUUACAUCUGAACAAUGAUGUUUUACUACAUUAAAUUUUGUCUGAAAAGUUAAGCAAUUAGAACUCUUUCAUGAAAAAUAAACAAUAGAAUAAAAUACCUCAUAUUACUCACAUAUGUAGUAUUUUGUUUAUGUAAUUUUUCAAGGUAAUUUGUAUUCAUUGGAGUGUAAUAACCAAUAUAUUCAGUUCUUUUAAAAAAAACUGAAAAUGGUCGUUGAAAUUAUUUUUAGAAUACAUGAACACAAAACUUAGAAAUGGGAAAAUGGCAAAGUUAUUAUAUAAAGAUCUAUAGAAACUGAAGAGUUUGAAAUGUGUACAAAGUGUUUUAUAACAUAUACUUUGUAUUUACGAAGAGUAAAUAAAAUAUUAGCAAUCAUUUACAUAGUGGCCAAAAGAAGAAAGCUUUGAUAAAUGGCCUAAAUAUUCUUUGAGUACUUUUGCAAAACAGUUGAAUAUGACUGUAGCAUUAUGUAGAAUUUUUUCAAGUAGCAUAAUAUAUUUCCUCAGUGUGAAAACGGCAAAAGUUCCAAUAUCCUCACAAAUCAUUUAUGCCAGACAUCUGAGGAAAAAAUUUAACCAGUGUUAUUUACUGGAUUCUUCUCCUUUGAAGUCACAAACUCAAGAGCAGACCAAGAGUUCUUACACACUCACCACAGUGGGCCAAUCCAAGUGGCAUUUUUAGGAAAGGUUGCAGCAUUUAAUGCCAUGUGGUAUGUCUGUUCGUGAAGUGGGAGGCAGGGGGAUAUCCAAGCUGGCAUUUUGGAUAUGAUGGGCCUUUUACUUUCCUGAGUGACAUGCCACAUGUCAAGAAAUACUGCUUUUCCCCACUCCUAUCAUAUUUACGUGAACAAUUUUCAUUUAGUUAUUUCCCUUCCCAUAUGGUGUUAAAAACAGUCAUAUUAAAUAAAGAUUAUAUCUAAUUUCAGUAGUAAUUUAAAUGAGAGAUAUAUAAUAACUGCUUAUUAGAGCCCUAUCCAAAUGAGAUCUAAGAGAAUUUAUAGUACUUAAAAUAGAUGAUGAUAUUCUUGGAAAUGUUUGAAAAUUCAUUACCCCGAAAAAUCUUUACCAUUCUGUUCUAUUCUUUCGGUAUUCUUUUGGGGAAUAAAAUGUUUCUGAUAGUAAUAAAUGCUAAUAUAAACAUAGUAUAAUUAUAGGCAAGUUUCAUUGCCUAGAACUCGGUCUAUGGCAAGUCCUUUUGUAUGACUGAUUGACUUAUGAUGGCUUCACAGAACCAUAAAUCCCAAAUGCUAAAUAAACCAUGAUUUUAAUAAAUAGCAGGUAAAGUGAGACAACGUAUGUUUACACAACACUGUUUUCGAGAAAUGCAAAUUUUUCAGACUUACAUCAACUGGGUAGCAGCCAAUCCUCUGUGGAGAAAUCCCAGAUUGAAGUCUGGUUUGACUCUCUGGUGACAGAGAGGCGAUAUCUGGUCUGCUGUUUCAGGGGACCACACUUUUGAAUGGUGAGUAGUGUUUGGCAUACAUCUUAGACUGGCACCAGAUACAAACUUUUAGGCACGGGUUUUUCCCCUCCAAUAAUUUUCUGCUCAGAGUAAUUCAGAAGACACAAACAGAAAAAUUAUCAUGACUUUUCAGAAUGUUAAAAUCUAAUCAGACUUCACAGACUCUGCAGAAUAAAUUUCAACAAAUGAAGCACACUUAACAUAUAGCCCAUGAAAAUACUGUGAAUGAGUCUUGAAGGGUUGCUGGGUCUUAUUUGGCAUGCAAAAUAAAAACUAUAUAAAUUGAUUUGAGAGGAGAUAUUGUUAAAAUACAACUUUUUAUCUAGAAUUUUUUUAAAAAAACACAUGAACAAAAAGCUUAUGUUAGUACCGAUUUAGGGACUUAAGGAAGCAAGUACUUGAAGACUUUCUAUCUUUUCAGUUUUCCAUAAAGAUGGAAGAAAUGUUUUGACCUCAACCAAUGAUUGUAAUGUCCUGACACUGUGUUCCUGUUCACUUCUGUAAUUCUAAUAGUGUGGUGAAUGCAUAUCAGAAUUUAAGUUAAUCUCUUUUCCUCCUUUCAGAGUCUGACAGUUUUUUAUGUUGUAGGUGAUCAAAAGUCUUUUGCAUUUAAUAAAUAAAACUUUAAAAUCACAAUAAUGAUCAGCUCUUAGCCUAUAUGGUCUUUGAUUGUAUUGAGGCAUAUAUAUAUAUAUAUAUAUA